CUCCAUAUAGUGCACUAUACAUAGGCAUAUCAGCCUAUAGUCUACACCUAGCGACGUGAGAUGCUAUCCUAACACAUGAUCCUCUUCUUUCUGAAACAUUACCUGCAUUGGUGCUUGGUGUUCCACCACCUGAGCAUAUAGACUUUGUUUUGUCUCAUCAACUUCGGGCUGCCGUUUAAUUUGGCCAGUGCUCAGCUUCGGGCUGCAACACCACCAAUGGAACUCCAGCGUACCGAUUUUCAUCAUCCUUAUUCGCCUUAUGACAUCCAACUGCAGUUGAUGCGGGCGCUAUACUCUUGUCUCGAACAAGGAAAAGUUGCUGUUUUCGAGUCACCUACUGGAACUGGAAAAUCCUUAAGUUUAAUAUGCGGUUCCUUGACGUGGCUGCGAGACCACAAGCGUUCUGCCUUCCAGACAGCGGUUGACAAUGCCACAUGUGAUGAUGACGAACCUGAAUGGAUGCUGGAUUUUGCCAGGCGUGAGUCGAGCCGGAAGAUGACCGAGAAAAGGAAGGAGCUUGAAGAGAGACUAGAAAGGACGAGAAAGGAAGAAGAACAGCAAAGGAUCGCGCUAGAAAACCCCGAAGGGUCCCGGAAAAAGCUGAAAUACAGUAUACAAUCAACGGAAACUGGUGGGCUAAGCGAAGAUCACUUUGCGCUGGAUGACUACGACAGCGAGAAUGAAGAGCAUAGCAAACAGCGGAGUGGGCUGGCCCAUACUAACGAACUAUCUUCUAGUACACUAGAAUUGUUGGAACGCUUUAAAGGACAGUUUUCGACCGCCAAGCCAGGAAGUGACGAUGAAGACAAUGACGAAGUCAAGAUAUUUUAUUGCUCCCGGACACACUCCCAGUUAAGCCAAUUUGCCGGUGAACUGAGACGCGUUAAAAUGCCAUGGAGUGUACCGAAGGACUUUUUGAGUACUGACUUGACAGGAGAAGAAGAACUCGAGGAGCGUGUGAAGCAUGUCACUCUUGGUUCUCGGAAGAACCUCUGCAUUAAUUCCCGUGUCAGUUCAUUGGAAAAUGCAACAGCGAUUAAUGAGCGUUGUCUAGAUCUACAACAGCCCAAUGUGAAUCCUCAGCAUAAAUGUCCAUUUCUGCCAUCCAAAGAAGAUGAAAGACAGGUUCUUCAAUUCCGGGACCAUGCAUUAUCAACAGUGAAGGACAUUGAGGACCUGGGAAAGCUUGGCAAGAAGAUCGGAAUAUGCCCUUAUUAUGCAUCCCGCUCUGUUGUUAAGCAUAGUGAGAUCGUGACACUACCAUAUCCCUUGCUGUUGCAACGCUCAGCGAGAGAGGCUCUCAAUCUAUCUGUCAAGGGGCAUAUCAUUAUAAUCGACGAAGCCCAUAAUUUGAUGGACGCAAUAUCCAAUAUACACUCGGUAACGGUGACGCUUUCACAAUUGCAGACCUCUCUUUCUCAAUUGACUAUCUAUGCCCGCAAAUUCAAAACUCGCUUGAAGGGGAAAAACAGGAGCUAUGUUGCUCAGGUCAUCCGGCUCCUCAGUUCAAUCGCUGCUCAUCUUCGGUCACUCCUAGAGAGUGGAAAGGCACCGGAGGGCCCAGUUUUGGCCUCUGAGCUCAUGUCCGGAAAGGGGGUUGAUCAGAUCAAUCCUUAUAAAUUGAGUCGAUAUUUACAAGAAAGCAAAUUAGCAAGGAAAGUUGAUGGAUAUGUCGAGUUCACUAAAGAUCCGUCAAACAAGCAGGGGACAGGGAAUCCUACGGUGCCCGUACUGUUUCACAUACAGGGAUUUCUUCUAUCUUUGAUGAACCCCUCUGCCGAAGGGCGAUUGUUCUACUUGAAGGAACAGGGAGAUAUCCAAUUGAAGUACAUGCUUUUAGACCCCACCAAUCAAUUUCGGGAGCUUGUGGAGGAUGCAAGAGCCGUCAUAUUGGCUGGCGGGACCAUGUCACCUAUGACAGACUACAUGAACCAUCUCUUCUCGUAUGUCCCAGCCAGUCGCUUAGACACGUUCAGCUACGGCCAUGUCAUACCACCAGAGAAUCUGAUCGCUCACACACUUGUACGGGGUGUUCAAGGCUCAGAAUUUGACUUUACCUAUGAUGUCCGUGACUCUGAGAAAAUGAUCAUGGAUCUUGGUAGGACGAUAGCUACGCUCUGCCAUGUCAUCCCCGAUGGAGUAGUGGCAUUCUUUCCCAGCUACGAUUACCUUGGCCGGGUCCUGAGCAUCUGGAAGAAGCCAAUGCUAGGCGAACAAGGCCAGACUGUGUAUGGCUUGAUUGGGCAGAAGAAGCCCAUACUGUCUGAGUCCCGGGACAUGACAGUCACUACCGAGGAACUGCUCCAGAAGUAUGCCAAAACUGUUGAUUCUGGCAGAGGUGCGCUUCUCCUGUCCGUUGUGGGUGGCAAGCUGUCAGAAGGCAUCAAUUUCUCUGACAAACUCGGACGGGCUGUGUUGAUUGUGGGACUGCCCUUUCCGAAUAUACGGAGUGCAGUUUGGCAAGCCAAGAUACAGUAUAUUGAGCAGAAAACAUACCAGCAAGCUGCAGGCUCUGAGGCAAGCCGGCAAUCAGCAGCAAAAGCAGCAGGGAGGGACUUCUAUGAGAACUCGUGCAUGCGAGCAGUGAACCAGUGUAUUGGGCGAGCCAUCAGGCACCGUAACGACUAUGCGGCGAUUGUUCUGAUUGACAGACGUUAUGAUAAACCCGGUAUCCAAGCGAAGCUACCGGCUUGGAUCAAACAGAGUAUGGUAGGCAGUUCGGUCCAACGACCUGCUGGUGCUACGAUUCAGAGUUUGGCGAAGUUUUUUGCCAGCAAAUCAACCUGAAUUGAUCUCGAGUAGAAUAAUAGACCAUUUCAGGACAAUUACC